AAAGAUAUUUAUUAACUCUUUUUAGCAUGGUAUAACAAAUACAGUCAAACUUGAUUCUUAUGAAAUGGUUUAGAAAUUAAUUAGAAUGGUUAGUUUCAGACGUGAAUCCUAGGUGUUUGUCUUCCACACGUUCCAGAAUUCUCACAAGAAGGAACAAAAUCUAUGAGAGCUGUGAUAAUCUCCAUGCCAGAUGUGCAACUUAGGUGUCGAAAAUGCCAAGACAGCCUACAGAGCUUUAGUACUUGUAAUAAUUAACCUCAUAUGUCUAUAAGUUGACCACCUCGUAUCAUUCCACUAAAAAGUGAAUCAAAUCCUUAAGGCCCUACCUAAAACGACAAGACGUGCACGUUCUCGAGCAAAAAACCUUAAUUUAGUUUUUAAAGAUUUUUUUUCCGAGAAACAAAGGCUUUGAUUCAGCUUUCACUGAAAUGCUUUUGAAUAUAGCAAUAAUGGUUAAUGAUUGUAUGACCACUUUAAUAAAUCUCGUAAUUACUUAACUCACAACAGGAUAUAAAUAUUAAGCCGUUAAUUAGAAAAGGCUCAUAAAUGAGGGGACUAAUUUGCAAGUUUAUAUAUAUUAUAUAAAAAAAAAAUCAAAACAUAAACAGUUGAGCUUUGAACAACUCAAAAAAGCGGUUUCUUAAUUUCUUCUUUGUUUCUGUGUCCCUUCCUCGUAGUCUCUUCGAUCUCAUCUGGGACAGCUCCAUCUUCGUGUUUCUUUUUUUCGGGGCUUAUAGUCGCAACUCUUGUUCUGUCUGCAUCAAUUUUUUUUUUGUGUGUGUUAGAAUCGAUUUGAGUCAAAUCAUUUGAAGAAUGAGAAGAAGGUGUUGAUUAUCUCUGGGAUGGAGCAGCUUGUUAACUUCAUUAUUCGACCUCCAAGAGCUGAAUACAAUCCGGAACAUGAUCUCUUGGAACAGGAGUUCUUGCUCAAAGGGAGAUGGUACCAGAGGAAGGAUUUAGAGGUAAAAAACAGCAGGGGUGAUACUCUCAAGUGUAGUCAUUACAUGCCAGUUGAGUGUUCUGAAGAUAGGCGGCCUCUGCCUUGUGUAGUAUACUGCCAUGGAAACAGUGGAUGUAGAGCUGAUGCCAGUGAAGCUGCAAUCGUAUUACUUCCUUCAAACAUCACAAUUUUCACCCUUGACUUUUCGGGUUCUGGUCUCUCUGGCGGAGAGUAUGUCACUUUGGGUUCCAACGAAAAAGAUGAUCUGAAAGCGGUGGUUGAGUAUUUACGCACAGAUGUAAAUGUCUCCCUCAUUGGCUUAUGGGGUCGUUCUAUGGGUGCUGUCACAAGCUUGAUGUAUGGAGCAGAGGAUCCCUCUAUCGCAGCGAUGGUUCUAGACAGCCCCUUCUCUGAUUUGGUUGAUCUGAUGAUGGAACUAGUAGAUACAUAUAAGUUCCCCUUGCCCAAAUUUACUAUAAAAUUUGCAAUACAAUAUAUGCGGAGAGCUGUUCAGAAGAAGGCCAAGUUUGACAUAACGGAUCUCAACACCAUUAAGGUAGCGAAGUCAUGUUUUGUUCCAGUUUUAUUGGGACAUGCCAUAGACGAUGACUUUAUUCACCCUCAUCACUCGGAGCGUAUAUAUGAAGCAUACGUAGGAGACAAAAAUAUAAUCAAAUUCGAGGGAGACCACAAUUCACAGCGGCCACAAUUCUACUUUGAUUCUAUAAACAUAUUUUUCCAUAACGUUCUUCAGCCUCCAGAGGUGGCUGGGCCAACAACACUUUUUCACCCAUUGGAUGAUUAUUUUGCCAAGGGCAGUUGGAACACCGUGAAAGAAGUAAAUUCUCCACCACCAUCCUCAGCACAGAAAAGUAUAGCUGUGGGCAGUACCUCCGAUGUAAUCAAUGACGUCCGCAUGAAAAGACCUAUGAGUCGCACAGAGUACAUCUCUCAGGUUCCUUCAAACGUCCCAUCUAAUCAAUCAUCAUCAGACACGAAGGAAAAAGAGGGGUCCAGUAGUUCAUCUUGUGAUAUGAUCAGCUUCGAUUUGUCAAAUGGGGAUCCGUAUCCUCCUAAUCUCGCUGUAGCUUUAGAUGAUGAUCAAUAUGUGGAGUUUCAAGUAGAGGACUUGGCUGAUUUUCCUUCUAAUGCUGAGGAAGAAGAGAGGAUGCUGAUGGAAGCGGUGAUGAAAUCGCUGGAGGCAGAAGAGACUCAUCAGAACAAAGAAUCUUCCAGGACUAAUAGAGAGAAGAUUGAAGAAAAAGAAAGUAAUGUUGCUGCUGCUUCUGCUACAGAACCAGUGUCUGAGACAGAUUCUGCAUCCGGUCCAACACUAAUGAACCACCAUGAUGUAUCAUCAUCUUCAGAAGCCGAUGAUGCUACAAAUGAUGAAAGCAUUGAUGUGUCAGCACGUACAAAGGCAACAGUGACUGUGGUUGGACGUAGUAGCACAUCAGGAAACGGGUUAUUACGACGAUGGGAUCUUAACUUCUUCAAAAGUAGAUAAAUUUCAUUAUGUGUUUUGGUUUUGGGUAAAAAAUAGUAAGGAAAGCUUAAAGGUUUGUCAUGACAAGUUUUAUUCAUUUGCUGUGUCUUGGCAAAAAUCUCUGUUAAAAGAGAUGAAAUCAUCUCGUGUUGGGUUUUGACCAAAAGGUCUCUUUAUCCUCUUGUUAUGAACAUGUAACUAUAGAUCACCAUGUAUUUAUUCUUAUCACUAAUCCUAUAUUUAUGAACAUAUAAUGCAAUCAUCCUACUUUCCAGGAA